GAAAGCAGCUUCUCUUUCUCCUCCUAAACUUUUCAUACUUUGUGUCUGUUUUGUUUGUUUUUUUUAAAAUCUGAAAUCCUUUUCUCUUGAGUUUCUGACCUCUGCAGCCACACUGUAGUGAACCAGGAUGGCCGACAAUGCCUUCAUAACCGACGUGCAGUCCAGGAUGCAGAAGGCGAAAGAGAUGCCGGAGGAGGAGAAGCUGUACAGAUACAACGGGGUGCUGUACCCGCGCCUCAUGUGCCCCGAGGAGAACCUAAAGGCUCUGAAGAACAUCAGGGCCAGAGAGGAUGACAUCAUACUGGUGGCUUAUCCCAAAUGUGGUUUUAACUGGAUGGUGGGGGUGAUAAGGAAGAUUACUGCAGAGGCCACAGGAAUGAAAGUGGAAUCCAAGAUGCCACCGCUGAUCGAGUUUUUCGGACCGGAAGUUGUAAAAGCCUUGGACGAGCGUCCCUCUCCGAGGUUUCUGGGGACUCACAUGCACCCUGACAACAUCCCGGCUUCCUUCAAAGAAAAUAAAACUAAAAUGCUGGUGAUCUUCAGAAACCCUAAAGACACUCUGGUCUCCUAUUAUCAUUUCACCAACAACAAUCUGGUCCUCCCAACCGUGCAGUCCUGGGACUCCUUUUUCUCCAACUUCAUGAGUGGAGACGUUCCCUGGGGUUCAUACUUUGAUCACGCUCUGGCCUGGGAGAAAUGGAUGGACAACCCCAACGUCAUGGUUGUCACCUAUGAAGAGCUCAAACAGAACCUAAGCGAAGGCAUCCGUCAGAUCUCCAUCUUCUACGGCUUCAGCCUGACGGAGGCUCAGGUGCAGCAGAUCUCAGAGGGGAGCACCUUCAACGCCAUGAAGGAAAGCUCCGCCAGCUCCCACGGCGCUAUGGGAAGCGUCAUCUUCAGAAAAGGCGAGAUUGGAGACUGGAAGAAUCACUUCACGCCAGAACAGAGCCGAGAGAUGGACGACGCCUUCAACAAACACCUGGCAGGAACCAGGCUGGGAGCCAAACUCAACUACCAACUGCACUGUCAGUAAGAAGAAGAAAAAGUAGCAUUGCACAGAUUUAUAUACACCCGACUGGUCGAAGAGGCUUUUUGGAGGCAAUUCAGGGCCAAAUAUGUCUUUGUCACAGGCUCAAGAAGAAAGGGAGCCAGAAGGGAACAAGUGCAUUAUAGUUUUUUUUCCGGCCUGUGAAGUUUUACAACAGAACACAUGAAGGAAUAACGAUACCUUUGAAAGUGGCCAUUCCAGUUGGUCCUUCAUCAGAAUUUAGUCUAAGUGUGGAGCAUUAUUUAGCCUCCUCCCCCUCUUACAUGCUUGGUACCAAUGCAUUGGAUUGAUAAGGCAGUGGGAAUGCCACUAAUUGGAUCUAGGUGCCAGUGCAUUUUCACCUGAGGUCCCACUGUGUGUACCGGAGAGACAAAUAUCAGUGAAUAAAACCAGUGUUGAAAACAUGACGAGCACACCGCUCAUCAACACAGGGAGCAAAUAAAAAUGAGACAGUUUAAGCAACAACAGUGAAGUGUGAGAACAAUUUAAACUUUGGUGCCUCCCAGUGUUUCAAUAAAAAAAGGCACUUAUCGCAGUAUCAUCUGAAUUAUGCAAAAAUAUAUAUCAUUGCAUAGAAAUGAAACAUUUUCUAAUAAUUGUCAUCAGAACACAUGUGGUAGAGGUAAACCUAGUAAACAUUUUUAAAGAGAAAAAUGUUUUUUUUGUAUUCAAAGACAGGCUGGUGUUUUCUUACCUCGGUACAGUCAGUGUAUGCAGCUUCAGGCAUCUUACUUUUUACGUUUUUAACAUUCAGACAAGGUGGUUUUUAUUUGUUCUGAGCACACAGAUUUCUAUGUAGCCACACCGGAGUUUCAGAUUUACUUGUUUGCCCUCUGGGAAACAAUUAAAUCUAAAUAUCAUCUGAAUGCAGCAUUGAUUAGCAGCUAAAGUCUCAGAUGUCAGAAUUUUUUUCAUGACUGCACAAAAGUUAAAUCUCAGGCUGAUUUUUAAAAUUAAUGUUUAACACCUUAUAAACAUAAACCUAAAACAACUGAAUUCUCUUUAUACUGGCAGCUACCUGAACUCAGACUUCAUUCUGGUUUUGAAACAAUACUGUGAUAGUUAUGGGCUGUUAUGAAUAUGCACAAUCACUGUUACUGCAUAUGUAUUACAUUCAGUGCCUCACUGUACAUGUUCCUGAUGAAAAAUAAAACUCAUGCACAUCA